AUGGUUGUCGUGGAGCUUGAUAACCUCAGGCUUUCGUCUGAUGUCAUUGAUAGCGGUUACACGUUGUCUCAGUUAUCAAGUCAGUCCUCAUAUUCUUUUGAGAAUGAUUUCCUGAAAGAGACGGAAAGGAAGUGUAUCAGUGAUGUUAAGAAUUGCAGUGAGCAAAGGUUGUGUCAAUUAAAUUCAUUUGGUCCUGACAAUUACAAGUCUCCUUGCAUGAAGAACGGACAUUGUUCAAAGAAAUUUCCCAAGAAGUUCUGCUCCCGUACUUUUAUUGAUGAUGAUGGAUUCCCUCAUUAUAGAAGAAGAAAUGAUGGAAGUGUUGUAAAAAAGAACGGCGUUAAACUUGAUAAUCGUUAUGUUGUGCCGUAUAAUACAAAACUACUUCUAAAAUAUCAAGCGCAUAUCAAAGUUGAAUAUACUUGUCAAAAUAGUGCCAUUAAAUAUCUCUUUAAAUACAUCCAUAAAGGGCAAGACAGGGUGACAGCUGCUAUAAAUCAUUCAGAUGAUGAAAUCAAAAUAUUUUAUGAUUGCAGGUAUGUGUCCGCAUGUGAAGCUGCUUGGAGAAUAUUCGGAUUUGAGAUUCAUUACAGAUUCCCCCCUGUUCAGCGAUUUUCAUUUCACCUACCCAAUGAAAAAAGCGUUGUUUUUAGUGAUCAUGCUUCAAUAACCGAUGUCAAGACUAGGGUGGAGUCUAGACAAUCAAUGUUCGAGUCUUGGAUGGAUGCAAAUAAAAAAUAUCCAGAAGGUAAGAAUCUUACUUAUGCAGAGUAUCCAACUCAAUUUGUAUAUAAAGAAAGUACGCAUGAAUGGCAUCCCAAAAAACAAGGAUUUUCAAUUGGAAGAAUAAAUCGUUUUUCUGCCAAUAAUGGAGAAGAUUCCUAUGUCCGAACUUUACUUAAUUUUCAAAAGGGUUGUACAAGUUAUGAAGAUUUGAGAACGGUCAAUGGGGUGCUUUUUCCUACAUAUAAGGAUGUCUGCUAUUCUUUGGGGCUUUUGGAUGAUGAUAAUGAGUACAUUGAUGCAAUUGAGGAGGCAAGUUCUUGGGGGUCAGCAACUUAUCUGAGAAAUCUGUUUGCCUUAUUGUUAUUUGGUAACUCAAUGAACAGGCCUGAAAAUGUUUUCCAAAAAUGCUGGGAAUUACUAUCUGACGAUGUUCUUUAUCGGCAUAGGCAAAGAAUUGGACGUGAAGAAAUCGAUAAGGUGUUGCAAAGCAACGGUAAAUGCCUCUCUGAUUACCCAUCCAUGCCAAGCAUCAUGGGUGAAUCUUUAUUGGAUAUGCAGAAUAGAUUGGUGAUGGAUGAAUUAUUGUAUGACAGUUUCUCUUUGAAAGAAGAGCAUCACAGACUACUGAAUUCACUCACUGAUGAGCAGAGGGUUGUUUAUGAAAAAAAAAUUCCAGCUGUUUCGGCAGGUAAAGGAGGAUUUUUUUUCCUGUACGGCUUUGGUGGGACUGGAAAAACAUUUAUUUGGAACACCCUGUCAGCAUUUGUUCGAUCUCGAGCUGAAAUAGUGCUUAAUGUUGCUUCUAGCGCAAUUGCUUCACUUAUUCUUCCUGGAGGACGUACGGCACAUUCUAGAUUUCGUAUUCCUAUACAGAUCACCGAAGAUUCAACAUGUAAUAUAAAACAAAAUUUUACUUUGGCAGAGUUGUUGUCAAAAACAAAGUUAAUCAUUUGGGAUGAAGCACCGAUGGUACACAAAUUUUGCUUUGAGGCUCUUGAUAGAACACUUAGAGAUGUUCUUAGCUGUGUUGAUAUGCCCUUUGGUGGAAAAGUUGUCGUUCUAGGAGGUGACUUUCGGCAAAUAUUACCUGUCAUUCCAAAUGGCAGUAGACAAGAUAUAGUUCAUGCAACCAUCAAUUCUUCCUAUCUAUGGUCCCAUUGUCAUCUGUUAUCUUUGACCAAGAACAUGCACGGUAAUUCAUCUCUUGAUGAUGACGAAAUCUCCCCUGAUAUCUUAAAUACAUUCUCAUGUUCGGGGAUUCCUGAUCAUAAAUUAACUUUGAAGGUUAAAGUACCGGUGAUGCUAUUGAGAAAUAUUGAUCAAUCAAGAGGUUUAUGCAACGGUACGAGAUUACUUAUUACAAAGUUGGGGAAUCAUGUUGUUGAGGCAAUUGUUCUUACAGGAAACAAUAUAGGAGAUAUUGUGUUAAUCCCUAGAAUGACGAUCAGCCCAUCGGGUCAUACAUUUCCAGUAAACUUCCAAAGAAGACAAUUUCCCUUGGUAGUUUCGUUUGCAAUGACUAUCAACAAAAGUCAAGGACAGUCACUGUCUCAUGUUGGCAUUUAUCUUCCUAGGUCUGUCUUCACUCAUGGGCAAUUAUAUGCGGCACUAUCUAGAGUAAAGAGCAGACAUGGAUUGAAGAUGCUGAUACUUGAUGAAAAUGGUUGUGUUACAAAUACUACCUUUAACAUCGUCUACAAGGAAAUUCAGUAUUCGAGGCACAAUCAGUAUAUUAUUCCCUUGUCAUUUUUCAGAGUCAAAGGUUUUUCAUUGUAA